CAUUUAUGGUCUUCACUCAAUUCACCACCAAACUUUAAUUUCUCAAUCAAUUUCUCACCUUUUUAAUAUUUUCUCAUUUUACUUUUUUUUUUGUGGAAAAAACAUGAGAAAAAAAUCAUCAACUUCUUCAAAAAGUAAGAAUGAGAUAAUAAAAGAUGAGAAUUAUAAAUUCACUGAGUUUGAAGAGGAAAAAAAGAGUUGUAUUAUUGAUUGGGAAGUUAGGCCUGGAGGUUUAUUAGUUCAGAAAAGAGUUGGAAUUUCUGCUGAGGAAAAUUAUGUUGCUGGCCCUAUGAUCAAGAUCAAAGUCUCUUAUGAUUCUUGUUACCAUGAUGUUGUUGUUCCUGCUGAAUCAACAUUUGGGAACUUGAAGAAAAUUCUUUGUGACACAACUGGCUUACAUCCUAAUGUCCAGAGAUUAUUGUUCCAAGGAAAAGAAAAGGAUGAGAAUGAAUGCUUACACAUUUCUGGUGUAAAAGACAUGUCAAAGGUGAUCCUAAUGGAAGAUCCAGCCAGCAAAGAGUUGAAGAAAAUUCAGGAUACCUCUAUCUCUUCUGAAGCCAUCGCCCGAGUAAGAGUAGAGGUCGAUAAGCUCUCACAUAGGGUUGUGGCCAUAGAGGAAGCUGUGCAAAGAGGUACCAAAGUUGAGGACAGAGAAUUUGUUGUCCUAACAGAGUUGUUCAUGAUUCAACUUCUUACACUUGAUAGCAUUGAAGCAGAAGGAGAAGCAAAAACUCAAAGGAGAAAGGAGGUUCAUCGCAUUCAGAGUUUUGUUGAUAUGAUUGACAAUUUUAAAGCAAGAAGCUCUAGCAUUGCUAGGAAUUGUAUUGGUACUAUUUCAAUGGUGAAUACCAAAUGGGAAAUGUUUGAUUCAGGAAUUGGAAGCCUCAAUGCACCAAAUCAAUCCACAAAAAUCACACAGGAGUGGGAAAUUUUUGACUGAUUGAUUUUGAGUUAUGAGUUUCUUGUGUUGUUAGUGAUAAUAUCAACUAUGUAUUGUUCUUUUAAAAUCAUUCUCAUUGCUUGUGUAGAAUUUUUUGGAGCACUUGUAUGGUUAAGAAAUGCACUCAACAUCUUGAUGUCUGAUCUGUUUUGGGGUUUGAUGAAUUCUUAAUGGGAAAAAAAGUUAAUGAAGGAUCUCAUUGAAUUGAACUGCCUUUGUAAAUCUAAGAAAUGUUGAGAAUUCUUAAAUCUCUCUCAGUUUAAGAAUC